CUCAUCGCUAACAGUCGUCUUUUUUCCCCCUCAAUAAGGAAUACUGACUCCCUUUUUCUUCUUCUUACCAGCAGUAAAUCCACGUCCGGUUCGUUGAAAUACCCUCACUCUCUGGAUGGGAUUAGAGACACGUACGUACCCACGACUCGGCAAGGAAGACAUGUCCCUCCGACCCUGCACAGUACCAUGAUGGCUGGAUAGCUAGCACAAUGGGACUUUAACCGGCAACCUCAUGGAGCCCUGACAUAAAGUGCUGAGAGCAGAUAAAUGGAACUGCAGGACAGGAGUCACACCCCGUCCCGUAGGGCCAGCAGGGUGGAGCAGGUGGUGGGGCGAUGGCUCAGGCGGUCCCGAGAUCUGGGCAGCAGGUCUUUAAGCAGAGACAGCGUCGAGGUAGAUGGGAGAACAGCAGAGUCUGGUACUUCAGCUGACAGGAACUAUCCAUUCCGGUUGAAUGUCUUGAUCCAGCGAGACCCAAACCUCAAAUCUCAUGGCCUCACUCUUUCAUCUCACACACCCAUCCUGGUAGAAGAGGUAACCCCAGGUGGUCCGGCAGAUGGUCGGCUCUUCCCCGGGGACCAGCUUGUGAAAAUCAAUAACGUCGCUGUCGAUGAUCUGACCUCUGAGCAAGCUGCAGAAAUAAUCAGAGAGUGUGAAGAUACUUUAUCUCUGACGAUUCUCCGAACAAUGCUGGGCCCGAAGUCUUCAUUCAUUACGCCUGAAAAAAGAGCCAAGCUCAAGUCGAACCCGGUCAAGGUUCACUUUGCGGAGGAAGUGGAAGUCAAUGGACACGCUCAGGGCAACUCGCUGCUAUUCCUGCCCAAUGUUCUGAAGGUUUAUCUGGAGAACGGGCAGACCAAGGCCUUCAAAUUUGAACCCGUCACAACAGUCAAGGACAUCGUGAUGACACUAAAGGAAAAGCUUUCUUUAAGGAAAAUUGAACAUUUCUCCCUGGUGCUGGAACAACAAUACAGUGUGACUAAACUGCUGCUGCUACAUGACGAGGAGAAGAUCCAACAGGUAGUUCAGAAGAAAGAUGCCCAUGACUUCAGAUGUCUGUUUCGAGUUUGUUUCAUCCCUAAAAAACCUGAGACUCUCCUACAGGGAGAUCCCACUGCCUUUGAGUACCUUUACCUGCAGGGAGUGAAUGAUGUUCUGCAAGAGCGCUUUGCAGUGGAAAUGAGGUGCAACACCGCUCUGCGACUUGCUGCAAUGCACAUCCAGGAGAGGUUGGUGAGCUGUGGACUGCCACCAAAGACCAACUUGAAGACAGUCACUAAGACAUGGGGCAUCGAAACCUUUGUUUCCUCCACAUUGCUGAGAAACAUGCGGGAAAAGGACUUGAAAAAGGCCAUCAACUUCCAGUUGAAAAGUUGCCAAUCAGAAAGUGAUCUCAAACAGAAGGGCCUGACGGUCCAGCAGGCACGCAUCAACUACUUGGAAGAACUAAGUGAGCUCAAGUCUUUUGGUGGGAAAUCUUUUAGCACAACUAUGAUGUUGCAGGACCGAGAGUCGACAGUAACCUUGCUGGUGGGCGCCCGCUAUGGCGUGAGCCAGGUGAUCAACCACAAACUGAGCAUCCUGUCCACUCUCACAGAGUUUAACAGCAUUACACGCCUGGAGCUCGUUCAUGAAUCUGACAAGGUCAGCUUGGUUAAAAUAUACCUGCAGGACAUUAAGCCCAUCACACUACUACUCGAGACAGUGGCAGCCAAGGAUAUGUCCUGCUUGAUAGCAGGGUACUGCCGAGUGUUUGUCGACCCCACUGUCAACAUUUUCCCCUGGAUGAAGCACAAAGUGUCUGUCGAAGAAGGCUAUGUGUCGCGUUGUUGCAGUGACUCUGACAACUCAUCCGACUUAGACAUGGAGCCGCUUGUCACCCGCUUGCCUCGUGACGGAAAACGUCCACGUGUCAGAUCCUCGGCGGAUAGGGAGGGAAGGCACAGGCCGGUAAAGAACGUCCGGAAAAACAAAUCAGACAGGGAAAACAGAAACAACGUCUGUGAAGACAAGAGACAAAAAACGCUAAACAACGCUGACACAGAAAUGGAUCUGAAUGAUAGAAUGAAAGAGUGCAAGGAAGAAGACAAACAGCUCAAGCUGGAGACAAAAGCCCAGAAUUGUGGACGUAUACAGAUCGAUGCGACAAGUAAAGAUUGUGGGAAACUCCAAUAUGAGGCACGAGAAUCCAAGACAGAAAGUGCAGUUACUGAGGACCAAGCGUCUCUGUCAGACUCCUGUGUCAUCACCAGCCCUUCCAGUGACUCCUUUGACUUACUGGAGGAAGACAACUUGAUUCCAUGUUCGUCUUCCUCCAUCCAUCCCAGUGGUUCAACACCAAGUCAUGCCCAGACAUCUUCAUCUCUUGAGCUUCACCCUUACACUCAGACCUACUCUGAGGAUCACCCACUUGUUCCUCCUCCAGCUCACUUCCAUCGUCUUCUUGGCUUGACGUCUUACAGUAGCGAUAAUGACGGACGCAGCCCAACUUCUGACAACGGAGUUGAACCCCGACCCCUUCAACCUGUCUCCCCUUUUUCUGACGGUCACCGUACCAGUUACUCAACCAGUUCCUUCUCAGACAAUGGCACCAUCUGUUUCGCUGAGCUAUCGCGCAUUGCAGACCUUCUCCCGAGUCCUCCUGAGGCAAGCGAGGACGAACAGGAGAACAUGAAGAGGACAAAUAUGCUGACUGACAACAUGGAUGAGGCUUUGAGAAGAAUAUGUGAAGGAGGAAACCGUAGUUUUCAGCAAGACCCACAUUCACCUUCCUUGACAUCCGCCUCCUCCAACUCUGACUUUGUGUUUAACUUUGACCAAAGCGACGCACGCUGUUACUACAAACUCUGCUCCAACAUCACCCCUGACAGUGCUUGCAAACUUUCCCAACCUGUGACUGACACUCGGAGAGGAGAUAAAAUGGAGGGAGAUCAAGCUGAAGCAGGUCGACUGCAACCCCUUACCAUUCUUCUGCCACCACCUGGCUUUGAAGACAGUAGUAGCUCCGAUGAGGAGUUCUUUGAUGCCAGGGAUCGCCUCACCUCACCUGAAAAUCCAACCUCUGGGGCAGUGCCUACAGAUGAUUGUGGUGAGAUUUUCAGCACGCUCAGUCUUGGUGACUUCAGAGUCUCUGUACCAGAUGCAAACAAGAAAGAGAGACAAGGGAACAAGGAAGUUGGAUCCAGAAAAAGAGAUGGUUCACAUUAUCCUUUGAUGAAAAAAGCUCACACCUACAAAAUAUCCCAUCCGGAUCCUAAUGUAGCAUCAGUGCAGGAUUUGUUCUGUUCUAGGUUGAGUAAAAACCUUAUGGCAGAAUCGGGUUCUUAUGAACCUUCAGAACAAACACUAAAUCUUAGUCCUACUGAGUCCUACCCUCUGAGUUACUCUGAAGGGGAACCAGCACAGCUUGAGUCGAAACCUAUUCUGCUCACUAAUGGACCACGCUGUUUGACUAAUAUUGUACCCGGUGACCAAACGGAAGACCCUCUGGCCCCCACCAGGAACAGGAAACAAGAAAUGGAGAUGGAACCUGAGGCAAUGGAAUCCAAAUCUGUCUCAGACGCACUUAAGACAUUAAAUAUAUCCAUCAAUGUUGUGCGAUACCGAGUUGACCCGGAUGGAAGGGAGAGUGUUGAUUGUAGAAGUGAUGGAAAGGAAGAAGGGGGUUACCAGGACGGAAUGAAGGAAAGAAAAUCCGAAGAUGAGACAGAGCCAUUUGUGACACUCGAAGAUAACACAUCGGCAGAGUUGAAUGCAAAGAGUGUCAACCUUACUGCUCAAAACACACAAACCCAGGUUCAGGACUUAGUGCCUUCAUCAUGUUCAACGCCAUCCCCUCUUCCUCCAGAGCUGGUUCGUCCCGGAUUACAAAGUCACAGUACAGGGACAUCCAGCAAGAUAUUCUCAUUCAACUCUGAUGAACAAUUAAAUUCAGUCAACAACUCUCAGUUAAAUUCAGAAAUGACAAGCAACGGAGGUGAAGCUACCGUUGCGGUUUGUUCUGUGAGUAAUACCAGUGGUGAGGUUACAAAGAGCACCGAUUCUGAUAAAGCUCUUGAAGCUGAUGAAGUAAUGGAUGCCUCUAUUGGGAAAUAUGUUGACACAGAUGAUCGGAGGACUCUAAAGAGCAGGAGCAUAAGUGUGCAUCCAUCUACAGGAAGUACAUCUCAAAUGAGAAGUGAAUGCCCUAAAAAUACCAUCGCUGAAAAGUCCACAAUUUGUGCUCAAUCUGAAUACACCCACACUGUCAACUCCAUCACAGCAAAGCUUGGCGCUGCAAUAAGUGAUGGUUCUCCACGAUUUAAUUCAGGGCCUGGAUUGAUAACUGAAGGUUCGAAUGCUUUAUAUGUGACUCAAACUGUGCAUGAAACCAGAGAAGAAUCCUAUUCAGGUAAUUGUUCACUUCAAACUAACACCGCCAUGAUUUACAAUCUUGCCAAAGGGUCCCCGUCACCGACUCAUUUCCUCUAUCAGUCCUGUUCCCCAAGCAUCAUGGGCCGUUUGUCCGCCUCCAGACUUAGAGGAACUAUUCAAAAGUUGCCCAUGUUUUUAUCACACUCUAAAGAAUCUCUUAACCAAAAUGGGUUGGAGAAUGAGGCCCAAUGUUCUGUGAACAAUGGCAUCAUGCACAAAAUGGUUGAUGCUAAUGAUGUCCUGAAAAUCAAAGAUACAAUAGAGGCAGUGGAGUCUGACGAUUCAGAUACUGUUACUGGAUCAGAUCAAGAGGGGGAGUUUUCUGUUGAUACAGCCAACAACUCUGACUUAGUACCAGAAGGGACAGAAACACGAGAGAUGUUGGCUGAUGAUGUUACAAUAUCCUUGCCCGUCCAGAAUGAACCUCAACCACAACAAAGAAAUUCCCUAUUGCUGCUCGAAUCCAACGAUACACCAGGACCAAUAACACAGCCUCCAGGUUCCAUAAUGGUAAGCCUUCCAGGUCUGACAAUGCCCACACCUGGUCCUGUAAAAGACGCCCCAAGAUCAAAUAUUGAAGGUACAAUUCCAACUGAAAGUAUUCCAGUUUAUAAACUAAGGUCUCAGAUAACCAACACCCCUCCUCAAAACCUAAAUGGGCUGGAAAAAAUGCAUGGUCAGUCACAAAAAGAACAAAUACGUGACACACCAGACCUAAUAGGUCAACAUAGGCCCCCAGAACAGAACAUGGACUCAUUGCGCCCACUCUCUUCUGCCGGUGAGAACCCAGAGGUAUCAUCAAAGGAAGGGACUACUUUAAACUUGAAACAUGAGAUAGGGUGCACUUCUAUACUGACCUCUAGGUGUGAGUCAGUAGUGGAGGGGUUGAACAAGGAUGCAUGUGGUUGUUCAACUAUCUACACCGACUGCUUUAGCAGGGAGGGCAGCUUUGAUGAGGAGAUGACCAUCUACGAGUUCUCAUGCAAAGGCAGUAGUGUGACCCCAAGUUCCAGGUUAGAUCCUCUCAUGACUGAUCCUUCCGUUUCAUAUCUUCCGACAUCCUCUUCUGCUCACCCUGCCUCAUUUCCACCCACCAUUCUGUUCUCCCCGCCAACGUCUGAGCUCGGUCCCCUCCUCUCACCACUCAUUGACGUUUGUGCGCACUCUAAAACACAAAAAGACGCUAUCAAUCAACUAGGAAACCAACGUUACCCCAAACCACCCACUGGAUUCCAAGUUCUCUGUGCGGAUGUAGACAAGCUCUUUUCUGUCUUGGAAAAAACUGGUGUUGACCGUUCUGUUGACGGUCUAAGAGGUCACCAUCCAAGGGAUACUUGUGCAUCCCACUUCACAGAGAACAAGCAGGUACUCCAAACUGAAGCAAGGCGGCUCACCACAUGCUGCCAAAAGGUGGUGGGUGUUGACCAAAAUCCUGAGGAAAUGCUCAGUUCGUUGGCGGACAGUUUUCGUACCUUGGUGGAGUUAGCGGGCAUAUGCAUGUGGUUUUCUGGUUGCGACAGAUGUGAGCGGAGGAAUGCCGAAGCUGUCGCGGGUCUGGUGGAUGUUGCUCGCUCUUUCAGGGACUUGUGUCUGGCAGCAGAGCGUGCCGGCAGCAAUCGUAGCUGCCAUGACCUGAGCACCAAGCUGCUAGCUAAACAAUGCACCGCACUCACUGCCUCCGUUUUCUGCCUCACUCAGGUCUUCCGUACUCUCACAGAACUGUGAAGGAGGGACAGCCUGUGGUGCAAAAUCUCAGCUGGCAUGUCGAUGGAGUGGUAAUGUGCAUGUGUUUACCGGCUAUUAACACGUGCAAGACCAAUUUGGUCCAUCCAGUAACCAAACUGCAAGUUGCUUAAGCAAGCCUGCUUGAAUGUAUCGUGUAUGAUGUUCAGCAAAUGUUAGAGUUAAGAACGUUACGACGACGUCGGCACGAAAUGUGGAAUCAAAGAAAAUAUCGUAAUGUAAAUGUUAUUGUUUACAGACUGAGUCUCAGGAGUUUUGGCUUGCGACAGUGGUGAGCCUUUAGUUUCUGUUCCGAAGUUUAAAAUAGAACAUUAAACAAUACCAUUAAUUAUUUACAAAAUAUUGCAUCCCGUAUUUUUCGGAGUAUAAGUCGCACCUGCCGAAAAUGCAUAAUAAAGAAGAAAAACAUCAUAUAUAAGUCGCACUGGAGUAUAAGUCGCAUUUUGGGGGUAAAUUUAUUUGAUAAAAUCCAACACCAAGAAUAGACAUUUGAAAGGCAAUUUAAAAUAAAUAAAGAAUAGUGAACAAUAGAGUGAAUAAGUGUACGUUAUAUGAGGCAUAAAUAAGCAACUGAGAAGGUGGCUGCUAUGUUAACCUAACAUAUUAUGGUAAGAGUCAUUCAAACAACUAUAACAUAUAGAACAGUGGUUCUUAACCUUGUUGGGGGUACCGAACCCCACCAAUUUCAUAUACGCGUUCACCGAACCCUUCUUUAGUAAAACGAAAAAAAAAAUAUAUAUAUAUAUAUAUAUAUAUAUAUAUUUUUUUUUUUUUCCAUAUACAAGAAAAAGCUAUAUGUUUUUUACUGGUGCACAAGAUGAACCAUGCAUGAACAUCACCUUGUUCAAAGAACAAAACCAACACAGUGCAUGAACUCACUCCGAUUGAAACAAGUUGAGAAACGUAUUUGGGUGUUACCAUUUAGUGGUCAACUGUACGGAAUAUGUACUAAACUGUGUAAACCAGGGGUCACCAACCUUUUUGAAACAUAGAGCUACUUCUUGGGUACUGAUUAAUGCGAAGGGCUACCAGUUUGAUACACACUUAAAUAAAUUGCCAGAAAUAACCAAUUUCCUCAAUUUACCUUUAAUGAAUAAAUCUACAUAUAUAUAUAAAAAAAAAUUGGUAUUUCUGUCUGUCAUUCCGUCGAAAGGAAUUAAGAGGAAAAACUAGCUAAUUCGAAUCUUUUUGAAAAAAUUAAAAAAAUAAUUUAUAGAACAUCAUUAGUAAUUUUUAUAGAUUAAGAUUAAUUUUAGAAUUUUGAUGACAUGUUUUAAAUCCAAUCUGCACUUUGUUAGAAUAUAUAACAAAUUGGACCAAGCUAUAUUUCUAACAAAGACAAUCAAAAUUUCUUCUAGAUUUUCUAGACAUUUUUCUUAAAAGAAAUUCAAAACACUUUGAAAUAAGAUUAAAUUUGAUUCUACAGCUUUUCACGAUUUACCAGAAUAAUAUUUUUCAAUUGUAAUCAUGAUAAGUUUGAAUAAAAAAUUCACAAAUAUUCUUCGUCGAAAAAACAGAAGCUAAAAUGAAGAAUUAAAUUAAAACGUAUUUAUUAUUCUUUACAAUAAUAACAGAAAAAUACUUGAACAUUGAUUUAAAUUGUCAGGAAAGAAGAGGAAGGAAUUUAAAAGGUAAAAAGGUUUAAAAAUCAUUUUUAAGGUUGUAUUUUUUCUCUAAAAUUGUCUUUCUGAAAGUUAUAAGAAGCAAAGUCAAAAAAAUAAAAUAAUUUAUUUAAACAAGUGAAGACCAAGUCUUUAAAAUAUUUUCUUGGAUUUUCAAAUUCUAUUUGAGUUUUGUCUCUUAGAAUUAAAAAUGUCGAGCAAAGCGAAACCAGCUUGCUAGUAAAUAAAUACAAUUGAAAAAAUACAGGCAGCUCACUGGUAAGUGCUGCUAUUUGAGCUAUUUUUAGAACAGGCCAGCGGGUGACUCAUUUGGUCCUUACGGGCUACCUGGUGACCCCUGGUGUAAACUGUACUGUUUCAUAUAAUGUAUUCUCUUCCUUUUCAAUCUGCUAGUAAAAGUUUCAAAUCGAUCAAUCCAACAACCUGCAAAUCAGAUGGAAAAUUAGAGGGAACAUUGUUUGGGGGUAUCCAUAAUACGCUGGUAGGGAGAACUUUUUAUUUACAUGAUAAGUCGAAUGCGCCGAACCCCUGAGGUCGACUCACCGAACCCCCUAGAGUUCGAUCGAACCCAGGUUAAGAACCACUGAUAUAGAACAUGCUAUACCUUUACCAAACAAUCUGUCACUCCUAAUCGAUAAAUCCUAUGAAAUCUUAUACGUCUAGUCUCUUACGUGAAUGAGCUAAAUAAUAUUAUUUGAUAUUUUACGGUAAUUUCACACAUAAGUCGCUCCCGAGAAUAAGUCGCACCCCCCGGCCAAACUAUGAAAAAAAACUGCGACUUAUAGUCCGAAAAAUACGGUAACUGUUUUUUUAGGAUCGCAGAAGGUUUGGUUCAAUGCUUUAUUUUCUACUGUAGCGCUGCUUAUCUAUUUUUUAUGAAAACUUUUAGUGAUGACUUCUGAAAUAUUAUUUUUACAAAAGAAAGAAAAAAAAAGACUAGCGUUGCAAAACGAAGGUUGUUUGCAAUUUAGCAAACGUCGCCUAUGCAAACACAUUCCCCGUAUUUUCUUCACGUUUGGUCUGAUUGAGGAAAGACUGAUGCCGUGAGUUCAGUAGUUCUCGUUUUCUUCUACCUCCAGCUGUGGUUGUUACUCUAAACCAUUCAUCUUUUUUUGUCAAUUGACUUGCACUUUGUGGGCAAGUGUAACAGAUUUAUGAUCUCAAUUGCUUACUGUCUUACUACUGUUCUUGUUUGAUGUCAUUUUAUGUAAUUUAAUACAUUUACAGAUUAUGUAAUGUGACUAUUUUGCAAAUUGUAUUAUUCUAAGUUCAGUACUGUGAUUUCCUAUAUUUUUUAUGGUCAUUGAACGUCACAUGUCACAGCAGAUAUCGAGACUGAGACCCGUGUGAGUCGUCAGUCUGUUGUCUUCCACGUGACGCUAAGUUGUGCUCUCUGGCGCUCCGUCAAAUAGCUUUCAGCUAACUCAUGGGUGUCAAACUCUGGCCCGCGCCGUGUAAUUUCAUAUGCAUCGCAUACUUGCUCAACAGCCAUACAGGUCACACUGAGGGUGGCCUUAUUAACAACUUUAACACUGUUAUACCACACUGUGAACCCACACCAAACAAGAAUGACAAACACAUUUCGGGAGAACAUCCGCACCGUAACACAACAGAACAAAUACCCAGAACCCCUUGCAGCACUAACUCUUCCGGGGCGCUACAAUAUACACCCCCGCUACCAACAAAACUCGAUUUUGCAUGUCACUAUAAAGUUAUAAAAGCCUUGCUUGUUCAAUAUUCAAUGCAAAACUUGUUUGGGUCCCUAUUAAAACGUUAAGUUUUUCAACUGGUUCGCUGCUUUGUUCAGUUUAGAAUUUUGGUCCACUCUGUAUUUGAGUUUGACACCCCUGAGCUAACUUAUUAGCAGGCUACUUAGCUGUAGGCCUAAAAGAGAGAUACCAUAUUUUCUUGAAUAGCCGCCGGGCAUGUAAUAUGUGCCUGCCUUGAAUUACUGCCAGGUAAAAGUUGCUCCCCAAAUUUAUAAGCGCAUGCUUACUUUUACCGCCGGGUCAAAUUCGUGACGUCGCGAGUCACGCUUCCCCUGCCGUCAUUUUCAAAAUGGUGGAGGAGUUUUUCUUUUAUUUCACUAUGUGUAAACCAGGGGUCUUGUUCCACAGCCAUACAGAACACACUGAUGGUUGUGAUAUAAAACAACUUUAACACUCUUACUAAUAUGCGCCACACUCUGUGAACCCACACCAAACAAGAAGUGAAGUGAAUUAUAUUUAUAUAGCGCUUUUCUCUAGUGACUCAAAGCGCUUUACAUAGUGAAACCCAAUAUGUAAGUUACAUUUAAACCAGUGUGGGUGGCACUGGGAGCAGGUGGGUAAAGUGUCUUGCCCAAGGACACAACGACAGUGACUAGGAUGGCGGAAGCGGGAAUCGAACCUGCAACCCUCAAGUUGCUGGCACGGGCACUCUACUAACCGAGCUAUGCCGCCCCAAGAAUAACAAACACAUUUCUGGAGAACAUUGGCUCUGUAACACAUUAUA